AUGCUGUGGCUACCAGAAUUUCUGCUGCUGCUACUUUUGCUGGAAAUGGGACGGAGAAGUCAGGGCACAGAAGUGUGUCCAUCAUCCCUUUGCGACUGCUCGAAAUGGAACGAAUACAGAAUCACCUGCAUGGAAACACACUACAUUCCCAGCCUCCCACAGAGCACCCAGAUUUUGAGAUUUAUAGAAACCCAUCUGAGAACAAUUCCUAGUGGCGCAUUCUCCAGUUUCCCCAACAUCUCCAAGAUCUAUAUCAGCACAGAUGCAGUGCUGCAGGCGCUGGAGGCUUAUUCUUUCAACAAUUUAAACCAAGUCAUUGAUAUAGAAAUUCGAAAUGCUAGAAACCUAGGACACAUAGAUCCUGAAGCCUUUAUGAAUCUCCCGCUGCUACAAUCCCUUGUGAUUUUGAACACUGGACUCAGAAUUUUUCCUGACUUCUCCAAUAUUAACUCAGCAGCUUUGAGCAUUUUGCUUGAAAUUGGUGAUAAUCCAUAUAUGAAUUCACUGCCUGCAAAUGCAUUCCAUGGGAUAUGCAAUGAAUCCCUAAUACUAAAACUCUACAAUAACGGUUUCACAAAGAUAGAAGCCCAUACAUUCAACGGAACAAAGUUAGAUUCGGUAUACCUGCAUAAGAAUAAAUAUCUAAGAGUUAUUGACGAAGAUGCAUUUUUGGGAGUGCAGAGCGGUCCAAGCCUACUUGAUGUCUCCCAGACAGGUAUUACUACACUUCCAGAAAGAGGACUGGAAAACCUCAAAGAACUGAUGGCUCAGAAUACUUGGACCCUAAAGAAAUUUCCCCCUAUAAAGACUUUUCCUUAUCUAACUCAUGCUGCUCUGUCAUACCCAAGCCACUGUUGUGCGUUCAAGAACUGGAAGAAAGCCAAGGGAAUUUUGGAGUCCUUGUUGUGCAAUCAAACUAACAAUUACAACUUCCGCAAGAGAAGAUCUGCCCGUGCCUUCAGGAGCCCCUUUUACCAAGAUUAUGCGGAAGAUUAUUCAGAUCGGACAGAUGCCAUGUAUGACGAGGACUCCAAAUUUACAGAUGCCCAUGGAAAUUCUCAUUUUAAUGUCUUUUUUGAAGAGCAUGAAAAUAGAGAGGUUGGGUUUGGCCAAGAGCUCAAGAACCCACAAGCGGAUCAUAUUCCGACAUUUGACAGCCAUUAUGACUUUGUUAUCUGUGGAAGUACUGAUUAUAUUAGCUGCACUCCAAGACCUGAUGAGUUCAACCCGUGUGAAGACGUGAUGGGCUACAAAUUUCUAAGGAUUGUGGUAUGGUUUGUGAACUUACUGGCCAUUCUGGGCAAUGUUUUUGUUCUCUUUAUUCUACUCACCAGCCAUUACAAGUUGACUGUCCCACGAUUCCUGAUGUGUAACUUGGCCUUUGCUGAUUUCUGUAUGGGAUUAUACCUUCUCCUGAUAGCGUCAGUGGACCUAUACACUAGGUCAGAGUACUACAACCAUGCCAUUGAUUGGCAGACUGGACCUGGUUGCAGCACAGCCGGCUUUUUCACUGUCUUUGCUAGCGAAUUGUCUGUGUUCACCUUGACUGCAAUCACUCUGGAACGUUGGUAUGCCAUUACCUUUGCCAUGCGCUUGGACAAGAAAAUCCGUCUCUGGCAUGCCUCUGUUAUCAUGUUGGCUGGUUGGCUAGUAUGUUUCCUCCUUGCCCUUUUGCCAUUGGUUGGAGUCAGCAGUUAUGGAAAAGUCAGCAUCUGUCUUCCCAUGGAUACUGAAACAACUUUGGAUCAAGCCUACAUUAUAAUUGUUUUAAUGUUGAACAUCAUUGCUUUCACCAUCAUUUGUGCCUGCUAUAUAAAAAUCUAUAUUACUGUGCGUAACCCCCAGUACAAGUCAGGGGACAAAGACACCAUCAUUGCCAAAAGGAUGGCUGUGUUGAUUUUUACUGACUUCUUAUGCAUGGCACCAAUUUCAUUCUAUGCCUUAUCUGCAAUUAUGAACAAACCCUUGAUAUCAGUCAGUAACUCAAAAAUCCUGCUGGUCCUUUUCUAUCCAGUCAACUCCUGUGCUAACCCAUUCCUUUAUGCUAUCUUUACCAAAGCUUUCCGAAGAGAUGUCUUCAUCUUGCUCAGCAAGUUUGGGUUAUGUGAACAUCAGGCUCAAGUCUACAGAGGCCAAACCAUCUCCCCCAAGAACAGCAGUGGCUCUUACAGCCAGAAGAGCAACCGAGGGAUGGGUCAGAAUCUCACAAAUCUUCAAAGUCAUUCCCAUGGUUUGCCUGGAGACUAUCAUCCAGCAAUAAUGCUGCAUAGUCAAGGGACCAUGGAAGAGAGUAAGCUGACUGUGUUAUAG